UGUGAUCGUGGUACAGUCCAGAGAAUUCCAGGUUAAGGCUUUGGGGGAUCAGUGUUUGCAGGAGCCACUCUGGAGUUUGAUGUGCCCCGAGCAAGGUCUGACCUCACCCAGAUAACUGAAGGAAGGGGAGAUAAAUCUCUGACCUGUGUCCAGAAGGAAGAGAAGAGGAAUUGACACAGAGGAGCUUCCAGAACAGGGAGCUAUGCCUUCAUCAGUGCAACUCUUCAGAGAUCAGAAGUACCACGAGCUGAAAGGGCAGUGUAUCCAGCAGAGACAGCUCUUCGAAGAUCCUGAGUUUCCAGCCUCAGAUGGGUCCCUUUUCUAUCAGUCAGCACCACCAAGGAAAGUUGAAUGGAAGCGCCCAAAGGACCUCUGUGAAGACCCCCAUCUGUUUGUGAAUGGAAUCAGCUCCCAUGACUUGCACCAGGGCAUCCUGGGGAACUGCUGGUUUGUGGCUGCAUGUUCCUGCCUGGCUCUGAGGAAAUGCCUAUGGCAGCAGGUGAUUCCAGACUUUAAUGAACAAGAAUGGGACCCUAAAAACCCAGAGAAAUAUGCUGGGAUUUUCCGUUUCCGCUUCUGGUGCUUUGGAGAAUGGACAGAGGUGGUUGUUGAUGAUCUGCUGCCAACAAUGGAUGGGAGGUUGAUCUACUGCCAUUCCAAUGUGAAAAAUGAGUUCUGGAGUGCACUGCUGGAGAAAGCUUAUGCAAAGUUGGCUGGAUCCUACGAAGCCCUCGAUGGAGGUAGUGCUGCAGAUGCUAUUGUGGAUUUCACUGGAGCAGUGGCAGAAUCUAUUGAUUUGGUACAGGGCAAAUAUGGAGAGAUUAUUUCUGAGCAGAUGAAACUGUUUGAAGACUUGAUGAAAGUGCAUAGAAGAGGCGGGUUGAUCAGCUGCUCCAUCGCGGUGUCCUCUGGCCGUGCCAGUGAGGUGGAGACAGAGAUGGGGCUUGUUGUUGGCCAUGCCUACUCGGUGACUGGAAUUCGGAAGCUGCGCCUUGGAGAAAGGCUCGUGUUCUCUUUUAAGGCAGAAAAGCUGUUCAUGAUCAGGCUGAGGAAUCCCUGGGGAAAAAAAGAAUGGAACGGUGCUUGGAGCGACAAUUCUGAGGAGUGGAAGAAAGUCAGCGAUUCAGAACGCAAGAGCUUAGGGCUCAUUCUGGAGAAUGAUGGGGAGUUCUGGAUGACGUUUGAGGACUGGUGUAAGAAUUUCACAGACGUGGACAUCUGCCGGAUUGUGAAUACCUCCUACUUCAGCAUCCACAAGACCUGGGAGAAGAAAAUGAUGCAUGGGGCUUGGACAAAAAAUUCAGAGCCCCUGCUAAAUCGCUCUGGUGGCUGCUUUGAUAACAGAGAGACCUUCCUUCAGAAUCCCCAGUACAUCUUUGAUGUCAAGAAGACUGAGGACAAAGUGUUGGUCUCGUUACAACAGGAGGAUCGCCGCAAAUACAAGAAAGAAGGGAGAGGAGACAGCAUCCCAAUUGGCUUUGAAAUAUUCAAGGUGGAGGAUAACAGAAGCUAUCGGCUGCACAAGCUCACUGUGCAGGAGAGAGUGGCCACGUCUCCGUACAUCAACACACGCACUGUCUUCUUGAGGAGGAUCCUUCAGCAAGGCCGCUACGUCCUCAUCCCAACCACCUACCAUCCGGGCAUCGCCACAGAGUUUAUCCUGAGGCUCUUCACAGACGUGCCAUCCAAACUCAAGGAGCUGAAGGCAGAUAAGCCUAAAAUGACAUGUUGGAGUCUUCUUUGUGGCUACCCACGCAGAGUCACCCAAAUCAAAGUUCACUCUGCAGAGGGUUUACAGAAGCAACACAGAUCGGGCGGAGCAGAUCCCUAUGUGCUUGUCAAGUGUGAGAACCAAAAUGUGCGCUCCCCUGUGCAGCACGACAUGACCAGUCCCGUCUUCAACACACAAGUGAUUUUUUACAAGAAGAACAUUGACAGUCCUAUCACAAUCCAGGUCUGGAACAGCAACAUCCUGUGUGACCAGCUCCUGGGGCAGGCAGUGCUGGCAGCUUCCCCCAGUGACCCCCGAGAGCAGCAGACGCUGCAGCUCCGAGGGAGAGGCGGCCAGGAAGCAGCCGAGGUGCCGGGUCACAUCACCAUCAAGGUUUUCUCCAGCGAUGACCUCGCGGAGCUCUGAGCGCCGGAGCCCCGCAGAGCCAGACAGAGCUGUCACCUCGCAGCAGCGGGACUCGUCUGUGCCUGCCGGGGCGGGGACUCGGGAGCACAGGGUGCACAUCAUCAUAAUCGCUUUAAAAAGGCAAAGCCCUCAAAA